AUGCCUGGUCUGAAUGUUAAGGCUGGCACCAGUGCUGGAACUACAGCUAAGCCAGGUUCCAGCAAGGCAACAACAACAGCGGCACCCGGAGCCAAGCCUACCAACCAGAGGCAGAAGGCAAAGGGAGAAGCCAAAAGUUUAGUUGCUGGUGCAGUGCCGAAAGAAUGGCCUACCCUCAGGGUGGAAGAGCCAUCGAAGGCGAACAUAGAACCGCCAGCAGGAGCAACAAAAAGACAGAGGUCAGCUGAAGAGGCUAAGCCGUCGGCUAAACGACCGAAAAUAAAGGAGACGCCCAAUAAAUCGUUUGCGGAUGUGGCCCGGAACCGUAUUAUCAUUGGUGUUCUGGAUGAGGGAGAUCCCGAAGGCAGAAUUCCCAGAACCCAAUGGAAAUGGGUGCAAGCUGCGCUGGCUAACGUGGCCCUGGAAGUGCUACUAAGCAAUCCAGGUCCACCGCCGUCACGCACAGAUGCCGGUUGGUACCAGGGCCAAAUUAAAAUAGUAGCAUGUGACGACGAACGAUCGGUCCAGCUCUAUAAAGCCGCCUUAGCGAAAGUGGGAGAGGUAUAUCCUGGGGCCAAACUAAUAGCGGUCGACAGGAAAGAUAUACCGUCUAGACCAAGGGCACGAGUGUGGAUACCGGCUACACCAUCUCAGCCGGAUCAAAUUAUGCAGCUGAUCAGGGCUUGCAACCCUAACCUACCAACGGAGAGUUUGAAGUUCGUUAAGGCAUUCGACGAUGCGACAACAGAAUCGGGCGUGGAGACCAAAAGGGCCACAAUGCAGAUUUUGUUGUUGCUAACGAAUGACGCAAUCGAACCGCUGAACAAAAGUGGCGGUGAAAUCAAUUAUGGCUUCACGAAGGUCAAGGUGAAGACAUAUAAAGCAGAUGCCGGUGCUCUCGACCAUCUUACCUCGGUUAACGAGAAUAGAUCAGCCUGA